CCACAUUGAACUUAUUGCCUUUGACAAAAAAGUGAAAUUUGACAAGAACUGAAGUAAAUCAUUUCAAAAUAAAAGAAUGGCUCUUCAAAUCGAAAAACUUAUCGCUCGCCAAGGUCUGAUUAAAUAUCUAAACCACUUCCCGCGACUUGCCCCUCAAAAACGCUACACCUCUUUCGAUUUCACCAACACCAAAUGUGGCAAACGUGAAUAUGUUGGAUUUGGGGUGAAUGGAGCACCCAUUUAUUGUGAUGUAGCCGAAUUUCCAAUGCCAGCUAUACGUUUUCGGGAACCAGACGCCACAAUUUGUGCUCUGCGAGAAAAGGAAAAAGGCGAUUGGAAGAAAUUAUCGAAGGAAGAUAUUAAAACCCUAUAUCGUUAUAGUUUUUGCCAGACAUUUGCAGAAUUUAAGGCACCAACUGGGGAAUGGAAACACCACUUGGGUGUAGGAUUAUGGGCAUGUGCCAUUGGUGUGGUGUGGACCGCCUUUGUUAAUUGGUAUCAUCGUGAUUUGCCCGACACCUUUGAUGAAGAUCGCCGACAGGCUCAGUUGAAGAGAAUCAUUGCUUUGGAAAUGAAUCCCAUUGAGGGGAUUUCAUCGCAGUGGGAUUAUGAAGUGGGUGAUUGGAAGUAAUUUUAAAUUAUUUUAAUGUAGUCUUUUUGUUUAAAAUAAAUGCAAUAUGAAUAAAUAGCGACAUAAUUACAA